AAUGGUGAGCAGUUUCUCUCGCGAGCGCCCGACCACCUCUUGCCGUGUAUAAAAGCUGCGUGGCUCAGGAAAAAAGGAAUCACAUCUCGCCGAAUUUGCCAGCGUUGUGAUGUUUUUCAAAACGUGUGCCCUCAUACUCGUCGUCGCUGCCAUGGCUCAAGGCAAGCCUCAGAGCUACAGCUCGAGCAGCAGCAGCUCGUCCAGCUCGUCCGGCGGUCCUGUCUACUUCGGUGGUGGAUCAUCUUCCAACUCGUUCUCCUCCGGUGGCCAGGGAUUCCCCGGUGCCAACUUCCAGUCCUUCGGCUUCCCUGACUUUGGUGGGUUUGGAUUUGCAGGCGGAUUUCCUCAAUAUCCGCAACAGUUCCAAUCGUUUGGAUUUGGCGACUAUGGCGGUGACCUCGGCGUGAGGCUCGGAUCCGGACCCGGCGUUCAAUCGGUGCAUGUCGGCGCCAGCCAGCAAAACGUUGGAAACGGAGGCUCCUACUCUUCCUCAAGCUCUGGAAUUGACAGCAACGGAAACGUCCACUUCCACGCUGAGAAGGGCAAAUUUUAGUCUUGAAAAGCGAUCUUGAAUUGUGGUGCGUGCGUAUGAAUGAAUCUCACUUGAUGGUACAACGUUAAGAUAAUUAGCCAUUAACCAUUAGUCUUUGGUGUAAGCUAAUCACAAAAAUAAAACUCAUAUUAUUUAUA